UGGAGGCAGCUAGCGCGAGGCUGUGGAGAGCUGAGCCGCGUGUCCUGCCCUGUGCUGCCCAGACUAGCGAACAAUACAGUCAAGAUGGGUAAAGGUGAUCCCAAGAAACCAAAGGGCAAGAUGUCUGCUUAUGCCUUCUUUGUGCAGACGUGCAGAGAGGAACAUAAGAAGAAAAACCCCGAGGUCCCUGUCAAUUUUGCAGAAUUUUCCAAGAAAUGCUCUGAGAGGUGGAAGACAAUGUCUGGGAAAGAGAAGUCUAAAUUUCACGAAAUGGCAAAGGCAGAUAAAGUGCGCUAUGAUCAGGAAAUGAAGGAUUACGGACCAGCUAAGGGAGGCAAGAAGAAGAAGGACCCGAAUGCUCCCAAGAGGCCACCGUCUGGAUUUUUCCUGUUCUGUCCUGAAUUCCGCCCCAAGAUAAAAUCUACAAACCCUGGCAUCUCUAUGGGGGAUGUGGCAAAGAAGCUGGGCGAGAUGUGGAAUAAUCUGAGUGACAGCGAGAAGCAGCCAUACAUCAACAAGGCAGCAAAGCUGAAGGAGAAAUACGAGAAGGAUGUCGCAGAGUAUAAGUCUAAAGGGAAGUUUGAUGGCGUCAAGGGUCCUGCUAAAGUUGCCCGGAAAAAGGUGGAAGAGGAAGAAGACGAGGACGAAGAAGAGGAGGAGGAGGAGGAGGAUGAAUAAAGGAAACCUGUUGAUGUGUCUCCUUGUGAAUACCUUAGAGUAGGGAGGCACCGUGAUUGACACACGUCUCACACGGGACGUGUCUGCUGCCCUUGUUAGGUUUAAUUACCCAGUUGGAUCAUGAUCAUAUCGUAGUCUCUCAAA